CCAGAAAUCUAUAUAAACAGCUCCGAUACUCCGCAUCAACAUGAGUAUCAAAUCUGCCUCGAAAAAAGAGCCAGCAUUGCCCGCAAGGAUUCCCAAUCUCUUCGAUAGCCUUAUUCCACCGGUGUGAAAAGAUGGAGUAUCUAAUUGACGGGCAGCUAGCAAAGUCGGUCACUGCUUCUGCCCUUGGCAUGUCAACGGUUGACUGCAGCGACAUGAUGGAUGAGGGAGAUAGCUGGUCCUUUGCGGUCGAGCUGCUCGACCCCGUCACCCCACGCUCCCUCAGGGAACGCCUCAAUCGGCGGGAACCGGGUAUUCUCUCUAUUCCACAGGGCACAGAGCGCGUUGUCAUUCGCUUCCCAAAUCCCCGGUGGAAAAGUGAUGCCGAUACUAGCAACUGGGCCGGGCAACGAGUAGCGUCAAUGGCUCUAGCGGCCCGCGCUCUGGAGUUCACCGAGUUCGAAACCAUUGUGCCAGCUGUUUAUGCCUGGAGUGAGGGUAGUCCCCAUGACCCUACAUUCGUGAUCGAGGAGUACCGUCCUGAGUUGAGGCUGUCUGAUUAUUUUGACGGGCUGGACGAGACACGGCAAGCUGAUGUCCUUCGAGACUUUGCGGCAAUUACCAGGUAUUUCCAAGCCUAUGUCCUUCCAUGGGGCCUCCAAGGUUACGGAAGCUUGGCCUUUGAUGCCAACGGCCGACUUACCCUGUCGGGGUCCCAUUUGAUACCAGGUAGGCCUGGCCCCUUUGGGAACUUCCGAGACUGUCUGAGUGCUCGGGCACAACGGUCCUGGGAAGUUUGUGAAGAUCAUUGGUCGGCUAAAGAAAAUUGGCCUUUGCUGAGCCGUGUCAGGGAAUUUUAUAUCACAAAGAACGAGGAGCUAUUGGAUGCCUUCAAAGACAUGCAAAUGACUGCCUUCAUUCAUUGCGGCCUCGAUCUGCAGAACGUUCUAUAUGAUCCCCAGAAGGGUAAGAUCACGACUCUGAUGGAUUAUGGGCGUUGUCGGAUCGACCACCCACUCUUUGAAUAUUUUAAUUCUUUCAGUUCGAUAAUGGGGAAACUUUUCUAUCCCUUCGAUGCGCACCUACAAUUCCUUGUUGAGUGCGUCCUAGAGGGGUUUCCAGUAGAAGAGUGCCCCAUCGAUGACCUGGACAGGUCCUACCUUGCAACCUCGGAAAACAACAUGAGUAAACGCUAUGCUGUCGGCAAGAAGUUCCAUGGCCAGCUCGAGUUUCAUGAUGCCGAUGUCCUCACGCCUUGGAAAACCACGCAAGCAAAGCAGUUGUGUUAUCUUUUGGGCAUUUAUGAUGCUAUGAGAGGUCGAUGCAGGGUUGCUUGUGGUUUAUCUGCGGCGGAGGCUGAAGAACAGAAGGAAGAGAUCCUGAAGAAGUAUCUCGCAUAUUAUGGAUCUUAACCCAUUCGUCCCGGGGAUCCGGUUUUGUG